UCGGGGGACUCGGCAGUGCCCUCCGGAGUGGCGGCCGGUGUCCCCGCGGUGCCGGGCUGCCGAGCCGAGGAGCCGCGGCGGCCGUGGCUGUUGCAUGUGUGGCUGCUGGAUGCGGAGGCGGCGGCGGCGGUGGCGGCGGCGGCGGCAGCAGCGGCAGGAUGUUAGGGCAGCAGCAGCAGCAGCAACUCUACUCGUCGGCCGCGCUCCUGACCGGCGAGCGGAGCCGGCUUCUCACCUGCUACGUGCAGGACUACCUCGAGUGUGUGGAGUCGCUGCCCCACGACAUGCAGAGGAACGUGUCCGUGCUGCGGGAGCUGGACAACAAAUAUCAAGAAACAUUAAAGGAAAUUGAUGAUGUCUAUGAAAAAUACAAGAAAGAAGAUGAUUCAAACCAGAAAAAACGCCUCCAGCAGCAUCUCCAGAGGGCAUUAAUCAAUAGUCAAGAACUGGGAGAUGAAAAAAUUCAAAUUGUCACACAGAUGCUCGAAUUGGUGGAAAACCGGGCAAGGCAAAUGGAGCUACACUCCCAGUGUUUUCAAGAUCCUGCCGAAAGUGAGCGAUCUGCGGAUAAAGCGAAGAUGGAUUCCAGCCAACCGGAACGAUCUUCGAGAAGGCCCCGCCGGCAGCGGACCAGUGAAAGCCGCGACCUGUGUCACAUGACGAACGGGAUUGAGGACUGUGACGAUCAGCCCCCCAAAGAAAAGAAAUCCAAGUCCGCCAAGAAAAAGAAACGCUCCAAGGCCAAGCAGGAAAGAGAAGCUUCCCCCGUCGAGUUUGCAAUAGAUCCCAACGAACCUACAUACUGUUUAUGUAACCAAGUGUCUUACGGGGAAAUGAUCGGAUGUGACAAUGAACAGUGUCCAAUCGAAUGGUUUCACUUCUCGUGUGUUUCACUUACCUACAAACCAAAGGGGAAAUGGUAUUGCCCAAAGUGCAGGGGAGAUAAUGAGAAAACGAUGGACAAAAGUACUGAAAAGACAAAAAAGGAAAGAAGAUCGAGGUAGUUAAAGGCCAUCCACAUUUUAAAGGGUUGUCUUUUAUAUAAUUCUUUCAGAAUUUAAUUUCAGAAAAUGUUUUAGGGUAAAUGCAUAAGACUAUGCAAUAAUUUUUAAUCAUUAGUAUUAAUGGUGUAUUAAAAGUUGUUGUACUUUG